CAUCAUUAUCGAUGCAAUAAAAAUACCAGUUUUUUUUUUGGUUCAACCUUCAAUUUAUUUAAAUAUAAAAUCAAUCAAUUUUCAACCACAACUAAUCAUCAUUAUCGAUUAUUUGUCGAUAGUUUUCAAUCAGCGAUCAUCAUCAUCAUCAUCAUGUCGAUUGAACAACAAUUUGAUGCUGCUGUUAAAGUUAUACAAUCAUUACCUAAAGAUGGAUUUUUUCAACCAUCCAAUGAAAUGAGAUUAAGAUUUUAUGCAUUUUUUAAACAAGCAACCGAAGGACCAAAUCAAACAAAAAGACCUGCAUUUUAUGAUAUUAUUAAUCGUUAUAAAUGGGAUGCAUGGACAAAAUGUGGUCAAAUGUCCAGACAAGAAGCAAUGCAAUUAUAUGUUGAUGAAUUGAAAAAAGUUAUCGAAACAAUAUCAAUGACACAUGAAGUAUCUGAAUUUUUAGAUUUGCUUGGUCCUUUUUAUGAAUUUUUACCCGAAGAAAUGACCAAUGAUGCUAAUAAUAGCAAAAAUGAUACCAAAAUG